GGGCCGUAAAAUAAAUUAAAAAAAAAAAAUCUUAGCGAGUUUUUGUAGAAUUCUUUUUUUGAUUGGUGGUGAAAAUAAAUUUUAAACAAAUAAAUGUAGAUCAACAAACGUAAACUUCACUUACAGUGAUCGUUCAGGCGUGUAAUUAAUAACAAAAGUGAAAAUAGGUAUAUCAAUGGCUGACGAAGAACGACUUCAACGAAUUAAAGCCGGAGCAUUUUUAGCUACAAUCGCUGGUAUUUCUGCUUUUGCGGGAUUUGGAACGACUUUGGCAGCAGCAAAAAAAACUGAUCCAAAAUAUUUCAAUAAAGGAAUACAUGGCAGUGUUGAAUUAGCGGAUGCAGGUGCCUUGCUGGCACUAAGAGCACUGGGUUGGGGGACACUGUAUGCAAUUGGUGGUACAACAUGUUUAUGCUAUGGCAUAUGGAAAUUAUCAGGUGCUAAAGAUCUAAAAGACUUCAGAAUCAAAAUGGGAAACCUUCUUCCAAUUUUACCAAAAAAUAAUCCACCACAAUCUAGAACAGAAUUCAGCGGAAUGAAUGAUUUAAUGAAAUAUUUGUCAGAAGAAUAUGGAAAUAAAAAAAUGCAAGAUGUAACAGAUAAAUAAAGGAUUUAUUGUUUUCAGCUCAAUCAUUAAAUUGUUUCAUUAUUUAAA